AUGGCCCCACCUGUGAGCGGUGUUGGGACGGUCGCAUUCACCAGACUGAACGCGUCAACUCCAACAAACCGCACCUCGACCGUGGUACGACCCACGUACACCCGUACCGAGCUGAAGGUGUCACGCAGCCUCAAUCCGGACGCCGUCCAGAAGCUGAACGUGCGCUCAAACAACGGCCGCAUGGUGCAGAUCAUCGUGAAAAAGCGCGCAGGUGGUGAAUCGCUUGCAUCCUCGAGCCCCAUCAGCUCUACGACUCCGGUGGGUUUUUCACCAUCCCCAAGGGUCACGCCAGCAUCGCGAGUGGCCGGAAAUUAUCGUCUGACGGCUGAUACAGCGCCUGAAUCGGUGGAUGUUAUCAACGCGUUCUUGGAGCACGUGAGUCGGCUCGAGCGACCAGCGCGAUCUUUCUACGAGGACGAACAAGGUGUGAUGAAGAACGAUCGUCGACCGGUACGGAUAAAGGUGAGCGAUGAAGCCGUCCAGGAGAGCCGUGUACCACCGCCUGUGGUCAUCAGUUCGGAUCCGGUGUACAUGAAGGGUGGCCAGGCACCGAAACGCGCUCGCUCGAUGCAAGAGAUUGGUGCCGAUGGUAUCCCGGUUGUGCAUGGUGUCCGCGUUCCCGAUGAUGAAGCCGAUCGGAGACAGGUGUGGAGAAACGCUCGUGUUAUCAACGGUGAACUGGUGCCCUAUGAAAAGGGUCAUGUACCGGCUCGGCUCGAAGGUACCGCUGGAGAUGCCUACGGACAGCUUAUCUUCGCACGGCCCUCACAAUCAGCGGCUGGUCUUGUUGGAUCACGUCAGCGCAGCAUCGGUCCAUUCACAACAGCGGAUAAUUUCCAACCUGCCCAGCAAAGCUUCGGACCUUUCAGUGUCGAAGACAACCGCGUCAGUGGACAAUCGAGUGGAUUGCGUGGUCGCGUUGGUCCACCCGGUGGGAAUAUUGGACCCUUUUCACGUGCUGACAAUUCACGUCCACUCGCGAACGCGCGACUCGUCGAGUACCUGCGACGGAUCAACGAAGAGGAGUCACGCAAACACUAUGGUCCACAGAUUGCGAGUAGAUCCGCGAACCUGAAAGAGGACGCGUUGGCCGAACCACAACCGAAGAUCCAAAGACGCAUGCUCCAGAACCCAUCUGGCCAACCGGCAUCCUUCCCGGUGUCGCAGAUGUACGCACCAGGAGCUGGUGCAGCAGCCGAGCAGGACUCCGAGGAUACGCGCCAACCGGUGCUACAGUACGCGCAUCCGGAACUUGGCGUUCAACCAGCAAAAUCGGUGCCACCAGAGCGCAAGCCCACGAAAGCGAUGAAGAAGAUCAUGAACGUGCAGGAGUACUACAGCAAGUCGGCUCACAACGAUCACUCACCGUACGCGAUCGAACCGGCCAUGGGCAGCAAGGACUUCUACGAGCAACCGCAGGCACCGGUGGGUCCUGGGCCGGUUCCUCCACCAGGUUCACGAUUCCCACGUCCUCCGCAGUACGAGAACUUCAAGGGACCGUCCACGUAUCCGUACAACUAUGGGUAUAUCCGGCGCGUGAAGCACGAGCGUCCGUUCUGGGCCAAGCUCACUGAUCAGAUGCGUGAAGGUCUCCAGAGUGGGCUCUCCAGCGUGCAGGAGUUCACGAAACCCGUACUCGAGCCCAUCGUUGAAGCAGGUCAAAAGAUCUCCAAGAACCUUGGGUUGGUGCGCAAGACGGACGAGGCACAGGAUAAGGUUGGUGUGGUGGUUGCGGCUACAUCUCCUGCGGCCAACUCCAUCAUCCUGCCGGCACUCGGACUGAUGGCGGGUGGUGCUGCUCUUGGGUUAGGUGCCGUCGCCGUAGGUCGUUUUUUCGACAUGGGUCUUUUGCGUAGGUCCGGCAGUGAACUGUUGCCGUUUGACCUUGAGGAUGACCUGGAACACAAGCGCGCUCUGGAGGCGAUUCAACAACGAUCGGAUGAGACUCGGUACGGGCGCUCGAAGCGUUCGCUUGCCCUUCGUAGUCCUUUCGAAGACCUGCAGGAUGUUGGGCGUGAUUCAACGGCCGCGUCAAGAGCUCACUUCGAGCAGCAGUUGCGUGAGACGGACUGGAAACGACCUGCCUGCGCCAAACGCACCUUCUGCCACGUCAUGAUCCGUCAGGGUGCCGAUGAUAUCGUGCUGAUGGAGAAGAAGAUGUACACCAUGCUGGAUAUGAUGCACCCGGCCCUUGCUGCGACCCUCACGGACCAUCUCUCGGAGGUGACGGACGCCAUCCGCCAGAACGACUGCUCGCGGUUUGUUUGCCAGCAACAGCGGCCCUAA